GUGUCAUUCUGAAUACCUUUAGUAGCUGAAUGGAGCACGACAUGGAAACACUUUUGCGGAUUGUAAUUUAUAUCUUAACCUUUGUCUUAGUUGAUUGCAGAAGACAUCAUGAGUUUUCUUACGGCGGCGACCAAUACGGCCCUACAAAAUGGGGAGUAACAUGGCGGGAAUGUAAGGGAGAGAACCAGUCCCCAGUUGACCUUCAGCACUGUAAGUGCAUUAAGAAAAGAUUUAGGCUGAAGUUCAAUAACCACGGCGAACAGUGCAAUGGAUAUCUAAUCAACAAUGGACAUGCCCCAACGUUUGUUGUCCGAAAAUGUGACAAGCGGAAGUUCAUCACAGGGAUUCCAUUUUUCUCCAAUGUUGAUUAUCAGUUAGCCCAGUGGCACUUCCACUUUGGGGACAAACAUGACUUGGGAACAGAACACGCAAUUAAUGGAAAAAGGUUUUCGGCAGAGCUACACAUGGUUCAUUUCAAUACGAAAUACGGAACAAUUACUGAUGCAAUUGACAAGGAGGACGGUAUUGCUGUAGUGGCUAUCCUCUUCAAGGAAAGCCCGAGUGCACGUUUGUCGUCUAUUGACCAAUAUUUUCGAAAAUAUGGAUACCACGUAUAUCAUCCCGGACAUGCAGUAAAAUCCAAAUUUAACCCCGUGACCUGCAUUCCAAGAAAUUCACACUUGUUCUACUAUAGAGGGUCGCUUACGACCCCUGGUUGCUACGAGAGUGUUCAUUGGUUGAUUUUUAGAAAAGUUCAAAAGAUAUCGCCAAGAACGAUGAAGUUUUUCAGAAAAUUGGAAUCCUAUCACCAUAAUGACCCGAUAGCUCAUCUGACAAAUCUACGACCAUUACAGACACUAGGGAAACGGGAAUUGUAUUGUAACUGAUUAAAUCAGUAAAUAAGGAAAAAUGA